ACUUACAAACCACCAUGUCUGAGCAAUUCAAGGAGUUCAUCGACAUUCCUCAACAAUUCAUUCGCGACGGCAACCAGUUUCUUACACGUUGCACGAAGCCUUCGCAAAAAGAGUUCAUUCAGAUCUGCAGGGCAGUCGCUGUUGGUUUUGCUGUCAUGGGUUUCAUUGGAUACUUCGUAAAACUCAUCCACAUCCCAAUAAAUAACAUUCUCGUCGGAGGAGCAUAACCUAUAUCUCUCGUUAAUACGUGUCCCAUUCUUGCGUGUCGUAUACCACGGGCUUAGUUGGACAGGCACUCUAUAUCGUAUCCCCCUUUUUUUCCAUCCAUGCACCCCAUGCAGUCACUUGCUUGAUGAUAGGAUUUCAUCGUGCCGCAUAUCUGUCCGCAAAAUGCUGAGACGCGAACCCCGUACUUUUGUGUGAUCAAUCGCUUUGCGGAGUAGCGCUCAAUGACGAGCGUGCGCUUGAGACACAUGCGCGAGUUCCGCCUGCUAUGGUUCAACUGUAGUGGCUUGUGAUAGUGGAUUUAAAGGAGCAGGACGAGCAUUCGGUAUCUCUGGUGUUGAUCCAACAGGCAGCUUACGCUUACGCAGACAAGGGAACCAUGCGUAGAUCAUGU